CCCGUCCAUCGCACCGACACCGACCGUGACCCCGGCCGCCGAACCGACCCGCGCACCCCGACCCGCCGCCACCCAGCGCCGCCCUCCGCUCGCUCGGCCGUUUGCCCGCGGCCUGCCGGAGCGCUCUUCUGCCUUCAAUUCCGGCCCCCCCCCCAUCCCCCCCAUCCCCAGUGGGUCUCGCCGGUGCCGCCCAGCGCAGGGUGCGGGGCCCGCUGCGGAACGGGAUUCACUUGUGAUGUCCUUCUGAAAAAACAGCUGAGACUCCAUUACAAACAUACACUUCUGGGAAAACUCUGCUCCUAAUGUAUUUUGCAAACUAAUUGAAUUGCCAUCGAAGUUCAGCAUGGGAGGAGCAGUGAGUGCUGGAGAAGACAACGAUGACUUAAUUGAUAACUUGAAAGAAGCUCAGUACAUUCGUACGGAGAGCGUGGAGCAAGCCUUCAGAGCGAUUGAUCGUGGUGAUUAUUACCUGGAAGGAUACAGGGACAAUGCUUACAAAGACUUGGCCUGGAAGCAUGGAAAUAUACACUUGUCAGCACCUUGCAUUUAUUCUGAAGUCAUGGAAGCACUGAAACUUCAGCCUGGAUUGUCUUUUCUAAAUCUGGGUAGUGGAACCGGAUACUUGAGUACAAUGGUGGGAUUAAUAUUAGGGCCUUUCGGGAUAAAUCAUGGAAUAGAGCUUCAUUCAGAUGUGGUAGAAUAUGCAAAGGAAAAGUUGGAGAGCUUCAUAAAAUACAGUGAUAGCUUUGAUAAGGAAUUACUUGUGGCAGUUUGUGAACUAGCAGCAGUCCAGCAGCUGGCACACCAAUUGAGGCAAGCUGGGGGUGAGCAUUGCACAGCCAGAUUUGAGUUCUGUGAACCUGCCUUUGUGGUUGGUAAUUGUUUGGAAAUAGCCUCAGACAGUCAUCAGUAUGACCGGAUUUACUGUGGAGCUGGAGUCCAGAAAGACCAUGAAAACUACAUGAAAAUUUUAUUGAAAGUUGGAGGCAUUUUAGUAAUGCCUAUAGAAGAUCAGCUAACACAGAUCUUGAGAACGGGACAGAACACAUGGGAAAGUAAGAAUAUCCUUGCUGUUUCGUUUGCUCCACUAGUGCAACCAAACAGAAAUGACAACGGCAAACAUGACACUGUAGGACUGCCUCCAUGUGCUGUUAGGAACCUCCAGGACCUAGCUCGGAUAUAUAUCAGACGCACUCUUAGAAACUUCAUAAACGAGGAAAUGAAAGCCAAGGGUAUUGCUCAGAAGGCUCCUCCGAAACGCAAACGCAGGAGAUGUCGUAGGCGCAGGAUUAACACCUAUGUGUUUGUUGGUAAUCAGCUCAUUCCUCAGCCUCUAGAUAGUGAAGAAGAUGAAAGAAUGGAAGAUGAUAACAAAGAGGAGGAGGAUAAAGAUCACAGUGAGGCCUUGAAGCCAGAAGAGCCUCCUCGAAAUCUGUUGAGAGAGAAAAUUAUGAGUCUACCAUUACCUGAAUCUUUAAAAGCAUACUUGACCUAUUACAGAGAAAAGUAACUUGUUUUAAGUAGAAAUAAUGCCUACUGAUAGUUCCCUUAUUCUUGAAAAUGUAGCAUUUAUUAAGAAGUAGGUGGACAAAUUAUUAUUAGUCUUUCAUCAAGACUGAAGUACAGCGAUAAAUGGUAACUUGUCUCUAUCUUGUCUUUGCUACAAGGAAGACUUGCAUUCGACAGUAGAAUCCCUUUUUAAAAGUCUAUUUUUCUUUAAAUUUUGAAAAUGCUGUUUUAACUCUGAUAGAAAUAUAUAUUCCAUUAUGCAGCACUAAUCAAUAUUUUGCAUGGUAAGUCUCUUUUUGAUCCCUAACAGAUUUGUAUUGAUAAAAGGAUGAGUGAAAUUUUAUAUAUGCUAAAUAAUUGGUUAAACAUGUGCAUCUGACUUGAUGAGCAAUUUGUCUGUAUUUAUUACUAUUAGGGAAACAUUUUAAACAUGCAGACACUUACCUUCUAAUGUCCAGAUCAGACCCUUUUAAAGUUUAUUUUACUAUGGCUUUGUUGCAAUCAUUAUUACUAUGUUGGUAUAGAGUAUUCCAACAACACAAGUGCAAUAAAUGUAUACAGACACUGAAUGAGCUGGCUUUAGUGAAAUACGAAAAUACAAGUUCUGAAAUGUCAGAUGACCCUGCUACUUCUGCAUUUAUCUUUUGCCAAAAGAUCUUGAGACAACUAACAGCUUCUCUCAGAGCCUUAAAGAAACACCGUAUUGAAUAAGAAGCAAAGCAAUGCUUACUUCAGCUCUGCUUAUACUUAACUCCAUUCUACACUGUCAGUAUUUCUAACUAGAGGUAAUUCCUCAUUUGUGGGAAGUAUAGGACAGUACAUUUGUUUAUUUCUAGAGCUCACAGCAUUGAGUCAAAAAGUUUGGUAAUUCAAGAUUGUAAUUUAGAUUUCAGUCAUCUAUAUUUACUGCUUUUAAGUAGAGGUAGAAUUUCAACAAAGUUUAGUUUGUAUUGCUUAUUGGGAUAGCUAUAAUAGUAGAACUUAGAAUUUGUUCAGCAAAUGCACUUUAGUAAGUGAAUUUUAUACUUAACAUGCAUCUCCAAGAAGGUAGACUUGUGCCAGCCUAUAUUUUGUUUCUGAGCAUGGCUCUUAGCACAAAAAUAUUUAUUAAAUCAUAUGCAUCUUUUGGAAACCUAAGAGUAGCAGUGCAACUGUGGGGACCCACAAUAGUGCUGAUUUAAAUCCUUCAAUGAUUUUUCCUCUUCUAGUUGUGAAGUUAUUUGCAGUUCUCAUUUUUAACUUUGCUUUUACCAUCUUAAUUUCUUCAUUCUGUUGUAACAUAACCAUGAGGGUAAACAGUUCAUUAAGAACUUGGCAUGUGAUACAUAUUAAAAACCACAAUCAUAGGAAAUACAUGCUUGUUAGACCAAAUGAAAAACAUUCCCAUUGAAAUAUCCCCCAUGAUACAUUUUGUAAUACUGGUGACACUUCGUUUUGUGUAAAACAAUGAACAAAAUAAUCAGAUAUUUCUAAAGCAGUAAAUGUUCUUCCAAAUAUUUAUAACCAACUAGUAUUCAUAUGGUCUAGCAGUCCAAUAUUUACUUCAAAAUACGUUAGCAUUUUGUUGCAUCUGAAGGAAGGUCAGACACAGUCCCAUGACACUGACUCUUUUUGGUGCAUUUCAUGCUGUAGUCCCUGUUUUUAAGGUACAUCAUAGUAAUGUUUAAAUGGAAUUUCAUGAAGGCCUGUUGUACCAGCAUGUGGAGUUACUUUCCGCAAUAUAUUUACCGUAUAAGUUAGCAAAAGUAUUUGAAAUAAAUAUUCUGACUUUAUUUUAAAAGCAGGAAAACCUUAUAAGAAAUAGUUUUCCAUAACAAUGAUACUAAUAAAGUAAUUGUGAUGCUUCAGCUAUAAGAAUUGAACAUAAUCUUGUUUUAAAUGGGUUAUUUUAGAUGGAGGUUAAAUAAUCUGAAGUUUGAGAUGUUUGUCUCCUUUCUUGGAAUCUACAUCCAUGAGUUCAAGAAUUAAAUUACUAAAUAUUACUUAAGUACUUCAAGGACUUCAUACAGGAUGCUUUUUGAGAAUAAAUUUCUGCAUUCUUUCAUGCCUGUAUACUUGGAAAAAUGGACAGUGGAUGACUUGUCAUGAAUCUUCAGUAUGUAAGUUUUUUUGGAGUCACUGAAAGAGAAUGUUUCCUCUGUGUUUUAUAUGUGGAUUUAUUUUACACUCUUGAAUUUAUAUUUACAUAAAUAAAAAGGUAGAAACGCAAAAUUAAUUGAAAUUUAAUUUCUGCCAUCUCACUUGAUGAUGGGGACAUUGUUGCAAUAAAAUGUUUUUUUGUGGUUUCUGCUUGCUUGAA